GGGUGGAAUGCAAAUGAUCAGAGAGAAAGAGAGAGAGAGAGAGAGAGAGAGAGAGGCGCAUCAGGACUGUUGUAGCUGCUAGCCUAACUGUUCAUAGUUCAGUGUUCCUUGUCCCGCUCUUACUCUAAUGUGUAUUUGCAUCUGAGGUCAGCAACAAAGGAAUUUCCUCAUGAGUUGAGAGGAGAGACUCCAAAAUUAUGACAAUGAGUUUCUUUGGAAAAUUGAAGAACCUACACAGUGGGCCUCCAGCUCCACCCAAAAGAAUAGAGAACAAUGCGGGGUAUGGUGGCUGGCCAGAAGAUGAGUUUGACGAUGAGGAUGGGAACACAUAUGAGGCUCCCCCCUGUGAGCGACCGGCCAUGAAGGUUCCUCCCAGACAUGUGGAGGAGAACGUCUAUUUAGAUAGUUCUUCAGAGAGGUCCAAUCGUGUUCUUCCCAAAAGGCAGGCAGCACCACCCCCAAGGCCAGCCAAGAUGGCGCCCAUGGGCAAAGCAUCGAAACAGCAGCCUCACCAUCAGCCUGACCCUGAGGAGUUCUACAUCGACCCCAACACCAAGAAACCUCCUGAGGUAGACAGGAAGGAGAAGCCAGGGAAAAGGUCUACUCCUAAGAAGUCUGCCCCUCCUCCUUCCCGCCCUGCCUCUGCUCCCACCCCUCCCCCUGCAGAGGAAGAUGUCUACCUGGAUCCUAAUGAAGGACAGGCAGACAGUGAUGACCUGUAUCUGGAGCCCACAGCAGCUUGCCCCCCUGCUCCUCGCGGGCCCAUAAGGAUGCCCCUCCUACCCAAGACAGCAAUUGCCCCUCCCCCCAUGCCCAUAAAACCUCCAGUACCCAGAGCCAAGUCGAGUUCUCUACUGGUCAGUGAGGCAAAGACAGCUCCUCCGCCUGAUGUGAAACGCUCCACGUUCCCUGGCAAGCUGCCCCCACCCACCCCAGGCAUCAAACCCCCCCUCCCUGCAUCCCUAAAGGAACCCAAACCCAGCCCCCCUCCCCCGCCCAUUAUAGACACUACCGCAGCAGUUUCUCCCUCUGGUAUGCAGACAACCAUGCAGGCAGGAAAGGAGGAGAAAGAGUGGUUCGCUGGAAACUGCAAUAGAAAGACUGCUGAGGACCUCUUAAUGCAGAUCAACAAGGAUGGGGCAUUCCUGAUACGUCACAGUUCAGCCCAGAACGCCCGUCAGCCCUACACACUGGCUGUCCUAUACAGACAGAAGGUCUAUAACAUCCCCAUCCGCUUUCUGGAGGAGACGCGCGGCUACGCCCUCGGAAAGGAGGGCAAGAAGAACGAGGAGUUUUUCAGUAGUCUCCAGGAGAUCAUCUCUCACCACAAGAAUAACCAACUGCUGCUGAUCGAUAGCAAGAGUCAGGCCAAGCACACCACGUAUCUCACCCAUCCAGCCCAUCCAUAAACAACAUUAUCCAUAACCCACACACAAUAUAUAUCACCCACCCAGCCUGACAAACUACACUACACUACUAUAGGGUGGCAGGUAGCCUAGCGGUUAGAGCGUUGGGCCAGUAACUGAAAUGUCGCUGAUUUGAAUACUUGAGUCGAUAAGGUGAAAAAUCGGUCAAUGUGCCCUUGAGCAAGGCACCUAAUUUGCUCCAGGGCCGCCGUGCUACUAUUGCUGACCCUGUCCAAAAAAACACAUCACUGCACCUGUACAUUUCACUUCGCUGUAUGUGACAAUAAAUCAAAAAUCUUUUCAUAACCCACAGAAAUGUGUAUCUCACCUACACCAGCCCAUUCAUAAAGUACAUUAAAUGCUACCAUUAAUAACUAAAUACAUUUGAUAACUUGGAAAUACUACCUUCAAUCGUCAUGUUCCUCACCACAAGAUAUCCAUUACAAACCCUCGUUUUUGUUUUGUGAUGAAAAUGGCUAGAAGUGUACAUAUUACCGUAUAUCUGUGUACUGUAUGUGUUUGUGUGUUUAAGUAUGCUGUAAUUAUGUCUGUUUGACUUUAUUAACCUAUUUUUGAUUGAAAUUAGAUUAAUUUUAAAAUGCUUGCACCUGAAUAGAGUAGUGAGUAGUCUAUGAAAAGGUAUAUUCAAUACCUCAUUCUUGCUCUGAGUCUUUAUGCAGUGCUUGUUUCAGUGAGUGAUGGGGAAUUCAAUUUUGUGUCUACACCUGUGUUGUGACUGAAUACUGUGUAAGUGGGCCAUCUGUAAGUUUCUAUUUAUAUAAUAAUAUAGUCUGAAAUGUUUUGAAA